AUGUCUCUGAGAUCCAUUCAGAAAAAAAUACAGUCGUAUGGCAACAUCAAUAAAAUCACCUCGUCCCUGAAACUCGUGUCUGCUGCAAAAAUGGCAAAGACAGAGCGCCUGCUGAAGGACGUAAGACCGUUUGGAUAUGGCACGUUAUCAUUUUACAAACGUUACACACACAUCAACAUGCUCGACCACAUUGAAAACCAUCUGAUAUUUGCCAUUACGUCUGACCGAGGUCUGUGUGGCGGCAUACAUACGGCUGUUGUGAAAAAAGUUAAACAAGAACUGGACAGGUCUGAUCAACAACUUGCCAAAGUCGUGUGUGUUGGCCAAAAAUCAGAGGAAAUGUUAGCCAAAUCGUAUAAAUCCCACAUUUUAUUCACAGUCUUCAAAAUUGGUAAAGACAAUGCCACAUUUCUAGAGGCUUCAAAAAUAUUCAAUGAAUGUAAUUAUGCAGAAUUUAUUGCUUGUCAGAUAUUUUACAACCGUAUUGUUACUAAGGGGACGUCAAAAGUUGACUGGAUCUCCAUUUAUAACACAGACUUCCUUCUCACAGUAGCUCAUAUUGCAAGUUUAGAAGAAGUAGAAGAAGAAACUAUGAAAAGUUAUAUUGAAUUUUCUACUGUUUCACUUUUAUUUUUUGCCAUGGUAGAAAAUACCUUGUGUGAACAUUCUGCUCGUAUGGUAGCUAUGGAUGCUGCUUCUAAAAAUGUUAAGACGUUAAAUGAAAAAUUAUCCUUGGACUAUAAUAGAAAAAGACAGUUUCAAAUCACUUCCGAUCUUAUUGAUAUUGUUUCUGGAAGUCAAGUUAUCACUGAAAAAUAA